CCAAUAUUUGAGAGAGUUCAAGCAAAAUCAUUGAAGCAAAAUCAUUGAAGCAAGUAUCAGUUUCACUGCAAAGGCUCCUUUUUUUGUGGCCAAAAUUAUCAAGUUUGGUCAAUUAAAAUGAAGUGUUUGAAGAAAUUUUUACAAGGAUUAUGACUCAUGAAACGGCAAAGGAGUCCUGGGAUAAACUCAAGGAGGAGUUCUAGGGAGAUACAAAGGCAAAGUAACUUCAGGUGGUAAGGUUCUCAGGAUGAAAGAAACAGAGACUGUGAAAGAUUUUUCUGACAAGGUGAUGAAUGUGGUGAAUCAGAUCAGAAUACUUGGUGAAGAGCUUACAGAGAAGAGGAUUGUAAAUAAGGUUCUUGUGAGUUUCCUAGAGAAAUUUGAGCAUAAAAUUUCUUCUUUGGAGGACUCAAAGGACAUGACACAGAUGACACUUUCCGAACUUGUGAAUGCACUUCAAGUUGUUGAACAAAGGAAAGCAAUAAGGGAAGAAGCAGAAGGUGUUGUUGAAGGUGCUUUAAUUGCAAAUGAAAGAAGAAAGGGUCAAUUCAAAGAAGAUGAUGAAGAGAAGCAAUUUCUUGAUUGAAGUGGAAAAGAGAAGAGAGAUUUUCAGAAGGGCCAACAAAGUAGCAAUUAUAGAGGCAAGAAAGAGCUUUAUCCUCCAUGUCCACACUGUGGAAAGAUGACUCAUUCAACAACUUACUGUUGCUUUAAGCCUGGUGUCAAAUGCAGGUCAUGUAAGCAAUUUGGCCAUGUUGAAAAGGUUUGCAAAGCUAAGGCAAAACAAUAUGAGAAAGCUCAAGUUGCUAAGAAUGUGGAUCAGGAGGUAGGAGAGUUGUUUUUGGUUGCUAUGGUUGAGAGCAAUUCAUCAACGUUUUUGGGUUCAAAUUCUUGGCUCAUUGAUAGUGGAUGUACCCAUCAUAUGACUUCAAAUUUGGCCAUUUUUAAGGCACUUGACAGAUCCUACUUUUCAAAGGUCAGACUUGGAAAUGGAGAACUUGUUGAGGUGAAAGGAAAAGGGACAGUUACUAUUAAUACACCAACUGGUAUUAGGUACAUUUGUGAUGUUUAUAUGUGCCUUGCUUGAGCCAAAAUUUGAUUAGUGUUGGUCAGUUAUUAGAGAAUGGUUAUUUAGUGCAUUUUCAUGAUGAACGUGUUGAUGGGGUUGAUAAACUUGGUGUAAAAUUAUUUACUGUUAGUACGAAUCAUAGAAAUUUUGUUGUUAUUUGGAACCAAACUAAAAUUAAAGCACAAACUACUGU